CUCCAUGAUCCCAGAAUUCAGUUCUCUCGUCGUCGAGAAGGUGACAGAGGACACAAGCUAUGGCUGGGUAUCUUACCCAUCAUCAAAAGGUCCUUCGACUUUAUAAGAAGUCUCUGAGGCACAUCGAAUCGUGGUGUGUAUUUAGAGACAAAUAUCGCUUUUACGCAUGUCUGCUGAGGGCAAGGUUUGACGAGAACCGAAAUGAGAAGGACAUGGGCAAAGCCACUAUGAUGCUCAAAGCUGGUGAGGAGGAAUUCUGGGCAAACCAACAUCCCCAGCCUUACAUCUUCCCUGAAUCUCCUGGAGGUACAUCUUACGAGAGACACGAGUGUUAUAAGGUUCCUAACUGGGUCUUGGAUCACUGGCAUCCCUCUGAGAAAGCCAUGUACCCUGACUACUUCUCCAAGAGAGAGCAGUGGAAGGCGCUGAGGGCCCAGUCAUGGGACAGAGAGGUCCAGCAGCUUGCAGAGGAGACCCCAGCUGGAGGCCCCCUGACCGAGGACCUUCCUCCUGCCAGGAAGGAGGGAGACCUCCCCCCUCUGUGGUGGCAGUAUGUCACCCGCCCCAGGCAGCGUCCCAUGUAAGAGUGACUGUCACCACCGGCCAGAUGCGUUGUCACAGCACGUCCUGAGACGGUAUAGGAUGUAUUUUAAACCAUACAGCUGGCCCUGAGCAAGAUGUAAUUACACUUUAUUUACCAGUGUGGGAUUGGUAACAAACUGUAGAUGGCAACCCUCACCUUCCUGUUUAAAACAUGUAUUAGGACCUGUUGUUCCUGUUAACUGAAUGGUGAAUGGUUUGAUGAAGUUAUAAAUAAAAUGUAUAUUGUAAAAUCCUAUACAGUUCA